CGAUAACUAUUCCAGAUAACCAUAUCCCUUCUUCUUCUAUACUCCGUAUAGCUUUCUCCUAUUCUCCGCUUCAUUUGUGCAAACGCCAUGGAGAAUACCAAGGAGGGUUUUGGCGAGGGAGAUGAGGCGAAGUGGGGGACGAAGUACAUGGGGCCUCCGGCGGCGCCGGCGGCGCACCCCCAGAACCAGCAGGCGGCCUUCUGGACGCCGCGGCCGGCCGACGACCACUGCCCGCCUUACGUGCUCGAGCGGGAGCCGAUCCAGAAGCCGAGCUCCAGUCCCAUGGAGAGCAUCCUGGACUUCUUCAACACCUGGACCAAGAAGGCCGAGACCAUGGCCUCCAACGUCUGGGAAAACUUGAAGACCGCUCCUAACAAAACAGAGGCGGCAUGGGGGAAGCUGAGCUUAACAGCAAAAGCACUCAGUGAGGGAGGGUUUGAGUCUCUUUACAAGCAGACCUUCCACACCGAACCCGCCGAGAGGCUCAAGAAGACGUUUGCUUGCUAUCUCUCCACCACCACCGGUCCGGUGGCCGGAACCCUCUACCUCUCCAAUGUCAAAGUGGCCUUCUGCAGUGACCGCCCCCUCUCCUUCACCGCCCCCUCCGGCCAGCAGGCCUGGAGCUACUACAAGGUUGUGAUCCCUCUAGGAAUGAUUGCGACCGUUAAUCCUGCGACGAUGGCAGAGAAUCCACCAGCCAAGUACAUCCAGAUUGUCACGGUGGAUGGCCAUGAGUUCUGGUUCAUGGGCUUCGUCAACUACGACAAGGCGUCCGCGCAUCUCCUGGACGCCGUCGCAGAUUUCGCUGCGGCGCAGCGUGGGGCUGAGCAUGGUGUUCCUCAAAUGAUCGGUUAAGAAGGGAAGAGUAGAGAGAGAUGAUCCAUGAGGAGUAGGCUCUCAGAGGUUGUUGGUUGUUGCUUGUUAGUGUCCUGUUUCCUUGUUGUGGUUUGGUCUCUCUUUUUUCCAUAUGGUGUUAUCUAUCUACUCUGGAUUUUGUUCUCUAUCGCGUUCUGUUUGUAACUAGUAUUCAGUGUCAAAUAUAUUCCAGUUUGAUGUUUGAUAACAAGUGAUCCUUCUUUCAGACA